UUGAGGGAUUUUGGUGAUCUUGGUGCGAUUUGGAGUAAAGAAAUAGAUCCUUUCACUCAGGGAAACUUCUAAUAAUAAUAAUAUAUUAAUAAUAAACAAGGACGGACUGAAGUUCAUCCACAGUGGUGUUAAUAUUUAAUUAAAUGAGGAUGUUACCAAGCUGAAGAAGACAUCUAAGUGCAAAAUGACGUGGCUCUAAAAGAUUUGCUGUAAAUUAACGUCAAACGGUUGCCGGCGUGCCCUCAGGAUGACGCCCAACUGGAAUAAGACGAAGCUUCUCGGAGUCAUGAUGACGGUCAACUUCCUGAUUUACAUUCUGGUGGAGGUGACGCGGAGCUACAGGCAGGGCGGCUUGUACGCCGGUCACCCGUACAUGCCGUCCAGGCAUUUUUGGAAGAAGCCCAAACUCAGCAAAGCCAUCUGGAAUCGCAAGCAGCAGCAUCUUGACCACAUCCACAACCCGCUGAUCAAUUCCGCCUCUUCUGUUCGACGUUUUUUGCCCCUGCCAGACCUUUUACGACCCUCGGAUCGGUUGAAGACCACCUCUUGCGAGCUGGACCUGAAUCUAUCUGCUCAGAUGGACGGCUACGCUUCCUUGCCGGAUCGCUUCAAAGACUUCCUCCUGCACAUGCAGUGCAGGUCCUACCCCCUGCUCAUCGACGCCGCCGGGGUGUGUUCAGACCCGCCCUUCCUGCUGCUCGUCGUGAAGACCCUGGCGCCUCACUUCGACCGGCGGCAGGCCAUCCGACAGUCCUGGGGCCGCGCCGGGAUCCUGGACGGCCGCCGCGUCGCCGUCGUCUUCCUCCUGGGCAGGACGUCCGCCAGAGAUCACCUCCCGGACGUCUCGGAUCUGCUCCGGCACGAAGCGCGGCUGCACGCCGACCUCCUGCAGUGGGAUUUCCGCGACGCGUUUUUCAACCUGACCCUGAAGGAGGUGCUCUUCCUGGAAUGGAUGGGCGAGCGCUGCCCCUUGGCGCGGUACGUCUUCAAGGGUGACGACGACGUCUUCGUGAACACUCGGAGCAUCCUGAGGUUUCUCGGGAGACUCUCGGGAGACAAGGCGAGGGAUCUGUUCGUGGGGGACGUGAUAAGCCGCGCCCAGCCGGACCGGGCGGUGAAGUCCAAGUACUACGUCCCUGAGAGCAUCUUCGCCGGCGUGUAUCCGCCCUACGCCGGCGGUGGAGGGUAUCUCUACUCGGGAGACGUGGCUCUCCGGUUGAGGAACGUCUCUCGACGGGUGUUGCUCUACCCCAUCGACGACGUGUACACGGGCAUCUGCCUGCAGAAACUCGGCCUGGUCCCGGAGAAGCACAAGGGGUUCAGGACCUUCAACAUCGAUGAGAAGUUUAAAGAGGACGCCUGCACCUACAAGAGCUUAAUGCUAGUGCAUCCCAGGGGUCCGAGGGAGGUGAUGCAGAUCUGGAGCUGGAUAAACAACCCAGGAUUGAACUGCAAGUGAAUUCAGCUUGGAUUUAUCCAUCUAGUCGUAUCCAGUUACCCGGUUUGCCCCUCCGACAUCUGGCAGUAGCCGACUGCUUCUUUCCACCUGGUUCAUACGGAGGUCUGCUUCGUUUCCUAUUAUACCCCAAGCCAGAAGAGGUCAUACGACCCUCCCUCCCCCGGACCAGCCAGUCCAGUCUUCGCCUGUGUAACUCGUGACACUUCGAGGAGGCCAAAUGAGGUCCAGUAAUUGGAUACGACUAGAUUGGGAGAACUGAAUUGACACUGAAUAGACUGGAAUGUAAUGAUAAACCAAGCAAAGUUUAGACUCUCCAGAGUCUAUAAUAGGACAACAUUGUACGCCAUAAAAUCGUUCUUUUUAUAGCCUCUUUGUACGCUCUUUGAACCUCAAUUAAAUGCCAAACAACUCGA